UACAGAAGAAAGACCCAAUCAGCCAGCACAUUCUUAGAGUAGCGGCGAUAAGCAUUGAGAGACGUAUUAGGAGAAAUUGGAAGGUGAGAGAGGCUGAGAAAAAUUACAAUGGCGAGAGCAGCUUGUAGCAGUGCCGUCGUCACGGCUAUGGCUUUGUUGCCUUCUACUUCUUCUACUUCUUGUAAGUCUCUUCUUCUUCUCUCAAGUAGAAGAAACCAGCUCCUCUUCUCAGGGGGUAAAUCCAAGUUCGUCGGAGUUCUGACCUUCCAGAACCAGAAGCGAUGCUUUGCCUCCACCACCAAAGUAAGCAUGAGCCUGAAAGCUGGAAUCGUCGGUCUUCCUAACGUUGGCAAGUCUACUCUCUUUAACGCCGUCGUUGAGAAUGGAAAGGCUCAAGCUGCUAAUUUCCCCUUUUGCACGAUUGAGCCCAAUGUUGGCAUUGUUGCUGUUCCUGAUUCUCGUCUUCAUGUUCUCUCCAAACUCAGUAGUUCCCAAAAAAUUGUCCCUGCAUCCAUUGAGUUUGUGGACAUUGCUGGUCUUGUCAAGGGUGCUAGCCAAGGAGAAGGUUUAGGCAAUAAGUUCUUAUCUCACAUCAGAGAAGUUGAUUCCAUCCUCCAGGUGGUGCGAUGUUUCGAGGACAAUGACAUUAUUCAUGUCAAUGGCAAAGUUGAUCCCAAGUCUGACAUUGAUGUCAUCAAUCUCGAGCUUAUUUUCUGCGACUUAGAUCAGAUUGGUAAAAGGAUUGAAAGACUUAAGAAAGGGAAGGCUAAGGAUUCACAAUCCAAAGUCAAGGAGGAAGCUGAGAAAUCUGCUUUGGAAAGAAUUCAGGAGGCUCUCCUGGAUGGAAAACCUGCACGGGCAGUUGCAUUGUCCGACCUCGAGAUGGAUGUUGUGAAGCAUCUCUGCUUGCUUACAAUGAAGCCUAUGAUCUAUGUGGCAAAUGUUGCGGAAACUGAUCUUGCUGAGCCGGAGAAGAACGCCUAUGUUGAAGAAGUGAAGGGUCUUUCUUCUGAUUUGCAGUCUGGACAUGUGGUUGUUUCAGCCCAGGUUGAGUCUGAGCUAACCGAACUUCCUCUUGAAGAACGCACGGAAUAUUUGAACUCUCUAGGUGUCAGUGAAAGUGGCCUCGGGAACCUUAUCAGGGCAACAUACAGCCUGCUAGGUUUGCAGACUUACUUCACUUCUGGUGAAAAGGAAACAAGAGCAUGGACAAUACACGCAGGCAUGACUGCACCACAAGCUGCUGGCGUCAUUCAUUCUGACUUUGAGAAAGGUUUUAUUCGAGCUGAGACUGUUGCAUAUGAAGAUUUUGUGUCUGCGGGGUCUCUUGCAGCAGCAAGGGAGAAAGGACUUUUGAGAUCAGAGGGUAAAGAGUAUAUUGUCAAAGAAGGAGAUGUGAUGCUUUUCCGCUUCAACGUAUAGCAUAACCCUAAGAUCUCAAUCACAUUCUUCACAGAACACCACAGGUUGUGUUUCAUUGCUCUUGGUUUUGCAAAAUAUACCGAUAUCUUUUCUUUUAUUCUACUUUUACACUCCCAAGGAAGUAAUUUUUAUAUGAAACAAAAGAUGAGAUGUAUAAGUUGGGUAGAACAAGGUACCAGAUUUCAUGGGAUUUGGCAAUUUAAUGCAAUAAUCAUGUGUAUCGACGCCAAUUUUACAUGAAUCUUAUACUAGUAUUUA